AUGACACAAGACUCCUACCCAGGCGCCGACGCCACCGCGCCUCCCCCCCAACCCGCCCCCAACCCACCACCCCCCUACCCCGCCGACGCCCACGGCCUCCCCACCCACCUCGCCUUCCCCAACGACCUCGCCGCCGCCCUCGCCCACCGCCACCGCAUAACCCAUCCCCCGACCCUCGCACCCCACCUCGACCCCACCAUCCCCGCCGUCGCCGCAGCCCAGGAAACCCACGUCCGCGAGAUAGUCCGCGCAAUCUACACCACAGCCCAGAUCCACGACAACCCGACCUCCCGGGCCCUGCGCUCGCUGCAAACCACACCGCCCGCCGACGCCGAAGCCACGGCGCGGAUCCUCUUCGCCGCGGUGCUGCGGCGCUGCACGCUCGGGCACCGGGGGCCCGGCAACCGCCUCCUGCAGGCGAAUGCGCGUGCCGAGGCAGUCGACCGCGACGGCACGUGUGCGGUGUGGCUCGCGAACGUGGUGGGCGCGCUGGCGGCGUGGAAGAGCGUGUGCAAGGACGUGUUGCGCGAGGAGGGGAAGAUCGAGGCGUUAGCGAAUGCGCCGGCGACGGUGGCGAGGGAUAAGAGGGUGCAGCAGGGGAAUAAUGAGACGAAGAGGGUUAAUACGCAGAGGGAUCGGGCGGCGGCGGGGGGGCAGGCGGAGGGGGGGUAUUUGCCGCCGGUUGGGGGGAAGAGGAGGAGGAGGGUGCGGGUUGUGGGUGGCGAGGGGAGUGGUGGUUUCGCGGAGACCUUCGCGGCGCAGACACAUCCGCUGGGGACGGUUUCGGACCUGGGGCUGACUGCGCCGGGUUAUGGGCUCGAUGCACUACAGCCGCAGGACCGGUUUGUCAGGCCGCUGAUGUCGGUAGCAGCACCAUCGCCCUCGGACGCGUACAACUUCUACACCGCGAAUCGUGGGCCGCCGCCAGUGCCUCUCCAUUUGCAGAAUCGUUGCCAACCUGGCGUCAGCAACCCAACGCAGGACGUCUGCAGCUCUAGACUCGCGCCACCGGCUCCUCUCCAUCUACCGAACGGCUACCAACCUGGCGUCAAUAACACCACGCAAGAUACCAGUGACUCCGGACUCGCGCCGCCGCCGGUGAACCAGUACCCCCUCUACAACACCUCCGACCCCGAUCCCAACUUCGUCAACACCUGGUCUCCUGGGCUCUUUGGUGAUGCGUUCGCUCUCCACAACACCGACGCAGCGCUUACUCCGCCGCCAUCGUCUUACAACAGCCCUGAGCCUUUCAGUUCUGCAGCGGUCUCGCCCGCAUCAACUAUGCUGGCUGAGACGUCAAGCUUGUCGCGAGAUGAAGGGACGACGAAGCGGAAGCGGGCGCCGACACCGACGCCGACGUCUGAAGUGCAGGAGCAGGUGAGGCGCGUGAAGCGGGAGGAGUCAGAAAACGGAGAUGAGGGGGGAGAUGGAGAGGGUGCAGGGUUUGGUCUGGACACUGACUGGGUCUUUUGCGACUGAUCGGUGAUGAGCGCGUUGCUGCGUCGUUGAGUGAUGGAUAGAGCUGGCUUGCGCUUGGUCUGGCUUGAUGUUGGGUGCGAAAAACCGGCUCUUUUGGUCGUUGCAAAAUCUGGAGGACUGGUGUAUGGCCCGUGUUUGUCACGAGUGCAUGUUCGAAUCUUGAAGCUGGUCGGCAGUGGCGAGGUGCUUGGUAAUGCUGAGAGCUGUUUACAUAUACGACUGUGGCCAUUUACGUAACCGCUAGCCCCUCUCAGCGUGGUAGGUAGUCGUGGUCGCAAGUGAAUCCCAUCUCGCCG